AUGAGGGCUCCCGGCCCAGCUCUAGAUUACCAGUUCUGUGAUGGGCUCUAUCUAUGCCACCUAUGUCCAAAGGCCACUGGCACAAAGAAUUGGCGUCGACACUGUGGCUCUGUCACGCACAAGCGCCAGGUUCAACGCCGAGACGAGGCCAGGCGUAUGAGUCAACCGGUGGUCCCAGAGACGGUUGGGACACCAGGAGACCCUGGGGAGGCUGAUGGGCAGGAGGAUCACACACAAGAGGACAAUGCGCACAGAGAGAGGGUGUGGGAACGGAUUGAGCGCUUCCUGGCACUGGAAGAGGAAGAGGCUGCAUUGGAUACAAACACUAGGGCGCUGGACGACUACUUGGACGAGCUUGAGUCAAGGGGCGCAAGGGAAGGGGGAGCCAACCUGGGAAACGGCACUGGACAGGGGCCGGACUGGCGCGGAUUGGCUGAGACGGCACUCAUGGGGAUUGAGGUGGAUAAGGACGAUCACAUUGUUGAAGACCCCCCAAUCCUCAGGACAGACAAGAGGUCGGACCGGGUGAACAAAAGCCCAUGGUACCCUUUUAAGAGCCAAAUGGACCUCAUUGCGUCACUAAUUGUGGGGCACACACAUUCAAUGCUCUCAAGAAGUCUGUACACCAAAAUCAGGGCAAUAUUGACCCUAUGCGGCCUGCGUUUGCCCGCUUGGGCGACAGUGCGCACGUCACGUGAGAGGAUUAGGGGUUUAUUGGGCAGUAAGAUCAGGAAGGCUGUAUCCGUUUUCGAUGUGCCUUGUUAUGCACUGAGUGCAAAGAAGAUCUUGAGCCAAGAAUUGGCUAACCCUCGUGUCUCCAAAUUCUUGGACUAUUACCCCGAGAUGACAGAUGGUUUGAUGAUCAAGAAGUUCUCUCAAUCAGGAAAGUGGCUGUCAGGAAUGUCACGAGCGAUUCGACCACAAAUGUGUGAGGCAAACGGAAAACACUUCUAUAUUUAUGAACCAGUCCAACUGCGGUCCCAUGUGGUUGUGGUCCCGGUGUAUCUUUUUAUGUAUCAGUCGGUUCUACACGCAAGGUGCUGGGAGAUACUUGAUGAUCACAUAACAAGUACCGAAACGAGUGUCGAGGGAAAUUUAUCAACAGUUCUUAAUAUCCGAAUGCCAUUGGAUCUGGACUUUGAUGACGCGCGGUUGGGUUCAAUCCCUGUGGAACAGUUUGAUGUGGAAUACUCAGGAAUUCGCUGGGAAGACGGGAGGCUCCUGGUGGAGGCAUACAGUACAGGUCUAUCAGGAGAGGUUUUGAUGUUUCCAAAUCCUUGGAGGGCCAAGGCGAAGAAGAUGAUCCUUCGGAAUGUGCCAAUAACCCUAUAUUCGGACGACACUUCAGGGAAUGUUUCCAAGCAAUUCAAUAAGCAUAUAUCGUUCUAUUUUACCCUGUCCGGUCUGCCGCCUCACUUGUCCAAUCAGGAAUAUAAUUGUCACUUUCUCUCAACUUCCAACUUGGCCAGUGUGGGGGAAAUUGCGGAGCAAAUUGUGGAAGAAAUGAAUGAUAUGACAACUGAAGGGUUUGAAGCCUACGAUCAUAGCAUUGGCCAGAAGGUUUGGGUGACGUCUUCGGUCUUUUGUUUCCUGGCGGACUCGCCCAUGCAUGCUGAGGUGACUUGCACACCAAAUCCUGGGGCUUCAAUAAAUCCGUGCCGAAUGUGCAAGCUGUCGGUGAGCAUGAAGAGGUUAAAGCGGACACGCAGGUUCAUCAGGGCUUUCCUCGGGAGGGGGUUUCAUGGGAAUAAGGUGCGAGGGGACCCUAGGGAGUGGGAGGAAACAAAAUCAAGAUGUCGCGAACUUUGGGAAAUUGCGACCACACAAAGCUGGAAUCAAUUUGUGAUCAAAUGUAAGGAGUAUGGUCUAAAGGAUACAAUAACAACAAGGCUCUUGACCGAGGCAAAACUGGAUUCUUGCAUCAAAGAGAAGAUGAUGAAUAUGGCCCUUGGGGAUUCCAAUCGCUUAUACAGCCCCUUUUUGCAACUGAUUGGGUUUGACGGGGUGCGUGAUACCCCAGUUGAAGUAUUGCAUGUUGUCCUCCUUGGGGUGGUGAAAUAUUUGGCCCGAGAUUUGGUUGCAGGGAUCUCCGAAGGAGACCAGAAGCUGCUGGUGGGACGCCUACAAUCUUUCGACUGCACGGCUCUGAACAUCUCUUCGUUCAAGCCAAAAUACCUGAUCAAGCACAUCAAGAGCCUGGUAGGGCGGGAUUUUAAGAUCUUGUUACAAGCAGCCCCUUUUGUGUUUGGGGAAUGGAUGAGUGAGGAACAGAAACCAAUAUGGUUUGCUCUUUGCAAGCUGGCCCCUUUGAUUUUCCAGACAUGCAUAGACGACAUGGACGCCUACCUGAUUGAACUCACCCACCACAUUGACAUAUUCUUGUUUCACAUAAUCCGAUCAACAGCGCAAUGGGUCAACAAGCCAAAGUUUCACAUGCUCGUGCACCUUGUGGAAUGCAUCCGGAGGUUUGGGCCAGCGUCCCUGUUUGCAACAGAGAAGUUCGAAUCGUAUAACGGGGUCUUACGCAAAGCUUCUGUGCACUCAAACAAAUUGGCCCCUGGGCGAGAUCUGGCGACCUCCUUCAAUGAUUUUGGAUCACUCAGGUUUGUGGUGUCUGGGGGGAUUGUCUUGGACAAUCAGACGGGUGGUACACGGCCGAUUGGGACCUCAGUGACGUCGGUUUUUAACGAUAACCCCUCGGUUCAGAAGUCAAUGGGAUACAACCACCUGGCGUGUCACCCAGAUGACAGACGCGACUACCCUAGGAAGGCACGUGGACGUGUGGGGGAGAAGAUGCUCUCAGUCCCACCAGCAGCCCUCUUGGAAGCACACCCAAGCGCUGUUGUCAAACAAGUUGGAAGGGUUGAUGUGAGCAAGCAUGAUUGUGUGGGAAGUGGGUCAUUUGUGGUGGUUGGCGAGAGCCCCAUGGGGGAGUUGGUGGUUGGGCAUGUGGAGUCUUUGUGGGAGGUCUCAGCUAAUGGAAGCACCCCGGGGUUCUUUGCCUCAAUGAAUUUUAUCAUUGGAUGCAUAAAUGUUCAACAUAAUUGCCACAGAGGCGAAUGCCCCGUUGAGCUCACCAAGGAGGAGGACAUGGAGCGGCAGCGUACAGGGCGCAAGGGAAGGCAGGUCGAGCACUCAGACCAAGAACACUACAUCAUCAACAGUGGAGCCCUCAGGAAUGCCGUGCUCCAUCGAAGAAUAUCAGGACUGCCUAUGGAUCUCCCGGACAGACACAAAUGGACUGAAGCAAUCGAUCUUGGGCUUGGCAUCUGGAAUAUAGGUUUGGAUCCUAUUCAAUCUGAUGACGAGCACUUUGAUGAAUAUCAGCCAGGGAGUGAAGAUGACGCCGAGGGGGAGACGGAUUCCGAGUUCGCCAGAUCAUCAAAUAGUUCUGGGUCUGAUAAUGAUGAGGACGUGGAUGGCGAGGAGGACGCCGAGGGCGAGACAGAUUCCGAGUAUGAUGGAGAAGCUGAUGAUGAGGUGUAG